CCAGCAGCCACGCAGACUCGGCCGCGCCGCGCUCUAGGACGAUAAGCCGCCACCGCCGCCCCCGUAUCCGUUUCCAGCGCCUGCUCUUGGUCGUCUUACAGGAGCUGCGGCCCGUCCGGCUGUGGCCUCUGCUGGCGCCACUGUGAGUCCCUCGAGCAGCCGGCCGCCCCCGCCCCCGACUCCGCCUCACUGCGACACGUCGCGGCGCAGCGCCGACGUCCACGCCGAACUGGAGGAUCAACUGGCUCGUGUGCUGGAGAAAAACACUGAGCUAACAAUCCAGAACACUGAUUUGCAGAAGCAAGUGCAGCACUUGCAGAAUGUGAAUGCCAGCGAUGGUCGCAGCCUCCCAGGUCUGGCCUCGGCCAGCAAGCCUGGGGACACUCUGGAGUCUAUUCUUAAGCAAAUGCGAGAGGCAGCUGACAAACGCAAGGAACUCGAAAGAGAACAUGCUGAGGCCCUCACACAGCUCCGAGAAAAACAGAAUGAAGCACAGAGGCUCACGAAACAGAGGGAUGCAUCUUCUAGAGAAAAAAGCAAGUCAUAUGAGACUAUUGAAGCUCUGCAGUCAAAAAUCCGUGAACUGGAAAAGAAAACGGAGCUUCAGAAUGUCCGCCAUGAAGAGCUUCUCCUUGAAAUGGCAAGCAUCAAACGAUCAGCACAAAGUGCUAACACAGCACUGGCAGCAGCAGCUGCUGCUGCUGCUGUCAACCACAACUCUCCUGAGUCAGGGCAUUCAACACCAGACUCUGCAAGGGUUGAUGGCGUUGGGAGUGCGGGUCCAAAUCGCCCAGCAGUCAUGAUGUCAUCUGCACUUGACAACCUUGGUGACAUGCACCAAACCACCUCACGAGUAUUGCCACAUGGGCGCCCAUCUAGUCAACCUGGUUGUGGAGUAGCAGGCUUCCCUAGCGGCAUUCAGCAGGCGAACAGCCUCCCUUCCUCCUACCCUCCAUCAGGCUUCACUGCUACUGCUGGGGGGUACCGCUACGCCGUCCCGCCCGGUGAGCACGGAAAUCCAGCUCCAGUGCCAGCAGGCUUUGUAGAUAGCUGCAGCUCUACUGGCUACCGCAUGCAGUCGCAGAUGUUGCCCCCUACUGCUGGCUCGGGCCAGCUAUGGAAGGCUCCUUCGAUGUCGGAUCUGGCGGCGUUCAGUAGAAGUGGUGCUAAUUGUCGUGGUCCCCUUCCUCCCUCAUCCCUGCCUCUCCCUCUGACGGCUGCAGCCGACGCUCCAGGAUCGGGCACACACGCACAAGCUGGGUCCGGUCCAUCUUUGGGCCAUCACACAUCACACCCCUCGCCUCAGCAGCAACAACCUGGGACAGCCACCUCCUCAGAAAUUGACCGCAUCAUGGCCAAGAUUGAACAGGAUAAUCGGAUUCUUGCUGAACUAGACAAGACACGAUCCACCAUAGGCUUGUCGAGCAAUUCAAGUAGCACAACAGCUGGAGGAAGUGUGUGUGCAGCAGGGAAUGUCACCAGUGGCACUACAGUACCCCUAGCCACACAAGCUGGGCAUGGUGAACAGAAUACACUUGCAUACGUCGGGGUGCCCAGUGCACAAUCCUAUCAGGCACUGCCGGCUCCUCUGGGUACCCAGCCGCAAUAUGUAAUGCCUGUGCUAGCGCCAGCUGCUCCACCAGGACCCCAGCAGCAGACCUAUGUGCCAACACACACAGCACGGCUUAUGCCGCAGAUACCGACAGCGGCAGCUGCUGCUACUGCAGGUGCAGCUGCUGGUAUACCUGGAAUACUAACAACACCGUAUGAUCUAGACAGUAGAGGUGGUUACCUAAAUGGGAAUCUUCCGCCUGGAGUGUAUUCUACAUUUCCAGGAACUGAACAACAAAUGGUUACAGACAGCAAAGUUGUUGACAUGUUGGACAUUCCUGGUAAAGGUCGCUGUUAUGUAUACAUUGCAAGGUACUCAUAUGAUCCAUUUCAACAAUCUCCAAAUGAAAAUCCUGAAGCUGAGUUGCCAGUCAAUGCAGGAGAUUACUUGCUGGUUUGGGGUACUAUGGAUGAGGAUGGUUUUUUUGAUGGAGAGCUCCUGGAUGGUCGUCGAGGUUUGGUUCCUUCCAAUUUCAUCCAAAAAUUAGUUGGAGAGGACCUUCUGGAAUUUCACCACGCUGUUGUCCAAGGACUGAGGGACUGUGAUGAUAGUGCUUCCACCAAUGUUGGUCAAGAAUUGGAGUUUUCAGGACAUGAAAUAAUGCCCCUCGAUGAAGGCGUUUAUGGGAAGCAGCGGCUGUCACAACAAGAAUAUGCUUAUGCUGAGCUAGAUGACAUUCUGGAAGAAGAAGAUGAGGAACAAAUGGGAGAAGGUCCAGGUUUCCCCAUUAUCUUCACUGUGAAUCUGCACUUUCAGACUUGCACUGUUCGUAGAAAAGAAGAAAACAAAUGUGUGUGCUCAAGGUGAAACCUAUCCAGAAACAAAUUAAUUUGUAAGCCAACAGAGACACAAGAAGGAGCUCCACACCCAAGAUAACUAAAACUAUUAUGAUUCAUAAAUUUUGUGGCAGUAAUAUUUUUAUAGAUGUAUCCUGGGAAUAGUUUGUGAAUAGUAAGAAAACAAGUUAUGCAAAGCAGAUAUUUGUAUUGUGAUGCACUAUUUGAAUGAAGACAUGCCAGUUUACACAGGAAUCCAUAGUAUUAUGGAAUGUAAUUCUGUUUCUCCUCAUCUGUGAUGUCUCAAAGUCCACAAGCUUUUGGAUCAGUUCCUUUCACCCACUAUCAAGUAUUGUACACUGAUUGCAUUUGUUCGCACAAGCCUGAUGUGCUUGUGCUGCUAGUUUGCAGCCAUGAAGACACAGUAGGUUCCUGGCUGUCAUAAUUCAAUAUGAUGUGCGUGAGCUUACAUU